UGGACUACAUCCCUACGCCAGGGCACCGUACGCGACACCCACCAUUUCUGCCGACAAGCUGGAGAGGCUAUGCAAAUCCUGCUACGUAGACUGUACAAUGGCGGGUUCAACCAUCUCAAGAGCGCCUCGUCGUUGCUAUACCACGCACCCAAGGUCGUUGUUGUCCGCGAAGCGCCACUCACCGUGCGAUUCUGCUCCACGAGGUUGCCGGAUUCUAAAGUUGGUUUCUCUCUCUAAGGAAUGUACUGCGUCGAGUGUCGUUGUCGUUGUCGUUGCGCGGUCGGCCCACAGCAUGGGAACGUUGCACAUGCUUUUAAACUCUCGGGCGCUCCUCGGGGAAUGUUCGUUGCUGGCGCGUGGUUCGCGAACGAAUGUAUUGACGAUUUUCUGAUCGUCCUGUCCUUGGAACGAAACGAUGCCAAUAGUCCAUUCAUCGGGGAUUGCCUGUGAACAGUCGUCAAUCCUCGCCUCUAUAGCGCGAUUACUCGUCAUAUCGCUCCACAGUGUUUUC